AUGUUUAAUGGACAAUAUAAUUCACAAGCUGGUAAUGAGCAUGAGUAUUAUCAGCAACAGCAGCAACAGCAUAUGCAACGGCAACAGCAGCAACAGCAGCAACAGCAACAGCAAGACAAUGCAGAUCGUUAUCAACAAUUACAAAGACCUCCUAAUGCAACUUUUAGUGAAAAUUACAUGAGAGCACAAAAUUCACAUCAAUCGUUACAGAGUAAUUUACAAAAUGAGCAACAGCAACAGCAACAGCAGCAACAGCAACAGCAUACUGGAGGUAUUAACGCUUAUCAUGAUAAUUUGUCUUUGGAUUUCCCGUCGACUCCUCCACCUGCACAAAAUGGUUACAUACCGAAUCAGCAUAACAGUGGAAGACAAAACAGUAAUUCUUCAAUGCAACAGCCAAUUGCUCCUCAACAGUUGGUAUAUAACUCUAGUGAAGGAAGUAAUCAUUCAACAGCUGAUCUUCAUAGCACUAAUAGUUUUGCAAUGCUGCAACAACAGCAACAGCAACAAGCAUUUUCACCAGGACAAUAUACAGCAGAAUCAGAGUACGGUCAGCACUCUCCUCUUUAUAAUUCAAAUAAUGCAUCAGCAUCAAGCCCUCUAGCGCAACCUCAACAGCUGUAUAAUGAUUCACACUACCAAUCAAGUCCGAUAACAAGUAUAUUGAGCUCAAACUCGGAGAAAAAUACUCAGAACAUGCAAAAUCAACAGAUACAAUACCAAGAUAACAUUUUAUCACCAUCACGAAAACAAAAUCAAGCUAAUAUUAACAGUAGUAAUUAUAUGUAUUUUGAGAGAAGACCAGAUUUAUUGACUAAAUCAACUCAAGAUAAAGCAGCAGCAGUCAAAUUGAGAAUUGAAAACUUUUAUCAAUCUUCAGUCAAAUAUGCCAUUGAAAGGAACCAAAGACGUGUUGAAUUAGAAACAGAGCUUGCCUCUCAUGACUGGUCUGAUGAAAGAAAAUCAAGGCAACUGACCUCAUUAGGUAAGAAAGAAUCUCAAUUUUUAAGACUACGUAGAACAAGAUUAUCUUUAGAAGAUUUCCAGACAGUGAAAGUCAUUGGUAAAGGUGCAUUUGGUGAAGUUAGGUUAGUUCAAAAAGUCGACACUGGUAAAAUUUAUGCAAUGAAGACUUUAUUAAAAUCCGAAAUGUACAAAAAAGAUCAAUUAGCUCAUGUUAAAGCCGAAAGAGAUGUCUUAGCAGGCAGUGAUUCUCCUUGGGUUGUUUCUUUAUAUUAUUCUUUCCAAGAUGCUCAAUACUUAUAUUUGAUUAUGGAAUUUUUACCAGGUGGUGAUUUAAUGACAAUGUUAAUCAGAUGGCAAAUAUUUACUGAAGAUGUCACUAGAUUUUACAUUGCAGAAUGUAUUUUAGCGAUCGAAGCAAUCCAUAAAUUAGGCUUUAUUCAUAGAGAUAUUAAACCUGAUAAUAUUUUGAUUGAUAUUAGAGGACAUAUUAAAUUAUCGGAUUUUGGUUUAUCUACAGGUUUCCACAAAACUCAUGAUUCUAAUUAUUAUAAAAAGUUAUUACAAGAAGAUGAAACGACUACUCAUUUGGAUAAACCAGGUCAACCUAAUGUAACUGAUAAUAAUAGACAAUCAAUGUUUGUUGAUUCGAUUAAUUUAACAAUGUCUAAUAGACAACAAAUUCAGACGUGGAGAAAAUCCCGUCGUUUAAUGGCAUACUCUACUGUUGGUACGCCGGAUUAUAUUGCACCAGAAAUCUUUCUCUACCAAGGCUAUGGUCAAGAAUGUGAUUGGUGGUCAUUAGGUGCUAUUAUGUACGAAUGUUUAAUUGGUUGGCCACCUUUCUGUUCUGAAACUCCUCAGGAAACAUAUAGAAAGAUUAUGAAUUUCGAACAAACUUUACAGUUUCCAGAUGAUAUUCAUAUUUCGUAUGAGGCAGAAGAUUUGAUUCGUAGAUUAUUGACUCAUUCCGAUAAUAGAUUGGGUAGACAUGGCGGUGCAGCUGAACUUAAAAGCCACCCAUUUUUUUCUGGUGUCGAUUGGAAUGCUAUUCGUCAAGUUGAUGCACCAUAUAUUCCUAAAUUAAGUUCGAUCACAGAUACAAGAUUUUUCCCAACUGAUGAGUUAGAAAACGUUCCAGAUUCUCCAGCCAUGGCACAAGCUGCAAUGCAAAGAGAACAAAUGUUAAAGAAUGGAGCGGUUGUUCAAGCGUCUGCCAAAGAAGAUUUACCAUUUAUUGGUUACACAUACUCAAGGUUUGAUUAUUUAACUCGUAAGAAUGCAUUAUAA